CGCCAACGGACGGAGCGCAGCGUUCUCGAGCAGGCGCGCGUUAAGACGGGGCGUCUUUCUUUUUUUCUUUUUUCUUCUUUCAUUUUUGUCAUCCCCCGAACGGAUGUAAGCGAUUGUGAACAACAAGAAAAAAAACUCUCCCGGUUGCUUCCUGAAGAGUUUUUUGUUUGUUUGUUUUUCCUGCCCAGCGGAGAUGUGUUACCUGAGGUUUGACUCUGGGCGGUGAACUGAAGGGCUGGGAGAAGAGCGCGGCGGAGAGAGACGCUUCAGAUGGAGAGCUGCACGAAGGGAAACCAACCCAUCUGGAUCGUAAACGUUUAGCCAAGGGUGUCGCUCCAGUGUGAGGUGGCAUGUCAAGUCGGGACUCGAUAGGAUUUGGGGACCUGAUCCCCCAGGACGUGGUUGAGGUGAUUGCCCAGGAAAGGCACACCAAAGGGGGCCGCAAGAAGCGCAGUAGCUCCCUGGGCCGAGCUUUUGGAUGGCUGAAAGGCAAGAAGAGGAAGGAUAUCAAUGCCAACGGGCAGAAUCUGGGCCUGGGUCCCGGGCCGGAUUUGGCCUUAGAUGGUCGCCAUGCUGGGCAUCCGAGUGGGCAGAAGACAGCCCAGAAGGGAGGAAAGCAGGCUGGCAAGCAGGCCCACCCACAGGGCAACAGUCAUGCUGUUCCAAAGCAGGAAGAUGAGGACAAGACCCUGGUCCCCCCACUGUUUCAGGAGAAUGUGUUCAUCGAGGCGAGCCGGCCCAAGUACUUGGAGGACCUUCACACUGAAGCUAUGGAGGGGCUGAAGAUGAUGCAGCAAAAAGAAACCAACAAUGGAGUCGACUACAGAGAUGAUGAAAGCAGCAUUUCAACAGUAACGAUCCAAGCAGAGGACGAUGGCAAAGGUUUUCUGUCCGACAGCACCAUCCCUGACACUUCCUCCACUGUCUCUGCACAGUCCUCCCUCUCUACCGCCUCUACGAGAUCAUCUCGCUCUGGACUCACCAGACAAGGAUCAACAUUCAGGCCUUUGAACUCUGGGAAGAAAUCGGAGAAGGCCAAGACAAGAAGAAGACACAGAAAAACUGUUAUGGGGAUUCCGCAUCACAUCCAGAGAGAACUGGGGCUGGAUAGAAUUGACUUGACAGUGAGUCCAGUGGGGGAUGAGGAGCAGCUCCCUAAUGGUGAGCUCAUGGACAAUCCCUCCACUGAUGAGCCUGACCAAGUAGCAGAUGUCCUAGAAGGAGCCAGGGUUAACCUCCAGACCAUUGAGGCUCUUGAGACACUCAGUGAAGGCCAUGUCCAGCAGUUCAACUCUUCUCAGGCAGGCCAUAGAGACGACCUGGCCCUGCUCCACCGUUUUACUUCUGAGCAAUCGGCCAUGCAAAGACCCCGAUCCCUGGCUGUCCCCUGGAUGACUACAGGCAACAGCCUCCAGCGGCAGCCACCCAGCCCUGUCAUGUCUAUGUCGCCACAGGCUACCUACAUGUCCAAAAUCAUUCCCAAUGCUGUGAUGCCACCCUCCAUUGAUGUGGUUGCAAUCAGCAGUGGGAGAAACCGCAGUAGCCUCCGCACCGUCAGCAAGAGCAGCCUGCUGCUGGCCAGCCCAGCCUCCUCCCGUGCCUCCUCUAGAGCCUCCUCCUCAAGAUCCUCCACCCACUCCUCCGUCUCCCGCCAAAAGUCCCCCAAUAUCUCUGACAGCUCUGGGUGGAGCCGCUCUGAGUCUUCAGAGACCCUGGUCUCAGAUUCCUCAACCAUCUCCAGCAGCAGUACCCCUAGACAGAGCAGGUCACAGGAAGGAGAUGGGGAGGGAUCCUCUAAGGAUGGCUCUUCUCAUGCUGACAAAGUAAGCAUUCACUCUUCCGUCAGCAAAGCCUCAAGGGCCACCUCCAAUGGUCAGGCGAGGAGCAAAGGAACAGAGGUUAAAAAAGAGGGACCUUUCAUACGCAGCCUGUCUGUCAUGAAAUCCAAAAGAGCUCCUCCUCCUCCAAGCCGCUCCUACUCCCUCCACAACAAGAUGAAACGGCGGUCGCGUGACUUGGCAGAGGUCAGGGUGGUUUCAGGGGAAUCUUCUCCCCAUAUCACUGCGAUCAAUGGUGGGGAAGCUGCAGAAAACAAAUCUGUAAAGAUAAAGGAGGCUGGAUCUUUUCCUUUGCCCUCCAGGAACACUGACAGCCCCGGCUACACUGCAGACACCAGCUCUCUGGAUGACUCCACUGGGUCAGUGUCAGUUAGCCCCCUGAAGUCCCUGCAGAUACCUGAGAAAGAGGACUCUGUAAAGGGAGAGGAAGCUGCCAAAGACAUUUUACCAAUGAAUCAGGAUCAAACACAGGAGAAUGGAACAAAGAAAACAACCUCUCCUUCAAGUGGAUACUCCAGUCAGAGUGGCACACCCACUCAGCCCUCCAAGAAGUCACAUAGCUCUUCCCCAAGGCACAAGAGAGGCAUCCUGGCCAAACUUCAGAGUUUAUUUCCUGGUCCCUCUCAUCCCUCAGUAGCCUCGGCCCCGUCCCUGCUUGCACAGACAGAGUCCCCCAAGAACACAAAAGUCAUUGAGCCUCCCAAACUCCAACCUAUUCCUUCAGAGGAUCAUGUAACUGCCAGCCCUUCGGUCAAGGCCCUGAGAGAGCUUUUCUCCAUACCACCACCACCCAAGGUACAUGCACCUCCACCUCCUCCCCCAGAGGUAUGGGCCCACAACAAACACACCUUCGAGUUGCUGCUGGGACCCCCAGCCCCUGAUAACACCUACACUAUUGUGAGAAAGAAUCCAAAAGAUAGAAGACAGCACAGACAGUCUCCUUCUUUAUCAAGAGAGGGUUCUCAGAAGAGUUUGUCAGGUGAAAGAAAACAGAAGACUCAGACUCUUCCCGUGGACUCAAGCAGUGGAGCUAGAUAUGUGUUGGAGAAUACAAAAGUUGAAGAAAGUGAGCGGCUGACUCCAGAGGUGUGCAAAGGGAACAAGGAAAGUGUGAUUAGUGUGGAGCAGCCCAUGCAAGAGAAAGUAGAGAAGGUUGGAGUAAGUGAAAUAGAAAAUGUGAUGCAAGUUAAAGUCAUUGAGAAACAUGAAGAGAGACUUACAGCAAUGCAACAAGAACACGCUCAGUCUUCAGUUACAGAGGUGAACAGGAAAAUUGACACAUUGUCUAUCAGUAAACUAGUGCACGUCUCCCCAUCUCCUUCUCCUCCCCCGGCACACCAUCCACCCCUGCUCACUACAACACAGACCAUACCUGUGGACACCCCAGACAUUUCCUCUGUCCCAGCACUGCAACCCCCUGUUUCCCCUACAAUUGAUUCAUCUUGGCCCCCACCUCCUCCACUAUUGGAACAAGCCAAUGAGACCCUCCUUAGCAGGUCCAAUGACAUGGAUUUCCCCCUUCCACCUCCUCCACCAUUAAGUGAGGAAGGGCUAGUUAUACCAGUACCCCCCACUGAAAUAUCACAAGAACAAUCCAUUUCCCAUGUGGCUGCUCCGCAAGAGUCAAACAGCUACCAACUAGAUGCUGCUCUGAUAGCAACCUCAGUUGCACCAGUAGGGAAUGCAGAAUGUUCUGGUGUGGCUACUGAGCUGGCACCAUUGGAGUCCAUUGGGGAGGAACCUACUAUAUGUUCUGUAUCAGAGGUGGUAACUAACAUGACAGAUAUACUGCCACCUGCACCUCAAUUUGCUGCUUCUCUGUUCCAAGGGAUCCCACCUCCACCCAAGAAUAUCCCUCCACCACCAUCCUACACUGCCCCACCUCCACCUCCAACAGAGAUCAGUCCUCCACCUUCACAAGAGAUUGAUCCUCCAUCCUCUGAAAAGCUCGCACCGCUAAUGACUAAAGAAGUCACCACUUCACCACAUAGCAAUCUCACACCACCUCAAAACAUUCCACCUCCACAAGAAUCUAACCUGCCACCAUUACAGUCAGACACCAUUACAUCUGUACAGGUUAAACCUACACCUGAGAGUGUUCCACCUCCCCCUAAAAUAACCCCCCCUGUAGCCAAGGGUAUCCUCUCCCCACCCCAAACUAGUCCACCACCACCACCACCACCACCACCUCCUACAGAGCUCCAACCUCCACCUCAAGUAGUACCUCUACCCACUGAUGAUAGCCAACCAGUAUUUCAGGACCUCCCUCUUCCACCUCCCCCUAUAAUACCACCUGUGGCUCCAGAGAAUGCUCCUGCACAUCCUGUAAACAUUCCCUUACCUCCACCUUUACCUUCACAGGCUCCUGUAAAAAUCCCCUUACCUCCACCUUUACCUUCACAGGCUCCUGUAAACAUUACAGGUCAGCCCAGUCUGUUGACCACAGAAAACAAAAGCAAAGAGCAGAUCUCUUUCCCUGCCCAACAAGAGGACUCCAGUCUUAUGGUCACGCCCACCCUUCUGCAGACUGUCAAGCUGAGAUCUGUCAACAGAAGUCCUGACCCUGUCAAUGCCCUGGACCAAGCCCAGCCUGAGGUGAUUAUGAGGGCCCAACAGCCCAAUUCUCAGGCUCCAACUCCAUCUGCCAGUGGUGAGGCUCCUCAGAAGCCCAUCAGAAGGUCUCUGAUCAUGAUUUCCCCCAUACCAACAACAACUCCUGAGACAGUCUCCUCACAACCAGAAGUUGUCAAGUCCCAGUCCAAUUUGGUUCUACCCAUGUCUCCAUCCACUAUCACCUCCCCAGCAAAGAAGUCUCCUCCUGCCAUGGCCACCUCACCCUCCAUGAACCUACAAGAGGCCAUCCGCCUGAGGACAGCAACGAGGACUAAAGAUGGCCCUCCAUCCUGCUACAGCCUGCAUUCCCAAGUAUCACCAUUGGGUGGAGACCUCCACAAGUCCCCCUCCAGCACCGCCAGCUUCAUUUUUUCCAAGAGCACUAAGAAGGUCGCGACUGAGACCAAGACCUUGUCAGAGGCCCAAACAAACUUUCAGACAAACCUAGUUGCUGAGCUUUCCUCUGUGUCAAAGCCAGACAACGGCAUAGAGCCACCCAAGAAGGGAGUCAAAGUGCCACCACCUGUGGCAAAGAAACCCAAACCAAAGGCCAAAGAGAUGGAGAGUAAUGUGGAGACUAAGCAAUUGCAGACUGCGGGUCAGGAAGCACAGCCAAAGAGCAUUGAGGGUACUACAGAGGAAGCAAACGGGACUGCCGGCAGUGUUGAAGAACAGAUGUCACCAUAAUUACAAAGACUGAAUAAGAAUGCAAAAAUAAGUCAGGGAAAACUGCACAGGUUGAAUCUUUGCAAGUUGACAAGCAAGUGUGUGUAUGUGACAGAAGAAACUGGAGUUAAGUGGUGGAGAUGCAUAAUUCAGAAGUGGAACUUUUGAGUGUUCUGGGGAGAUCCAUUAAAUUUUAUGUUAAUGGCGUGGGUCUUAAGCUUAGUAAGUACUCAUUUUGUAUCAUAGUCCAUUGAGAGUACACAUUUUUCCACUUCCAGAUGGUAUUCUGAGCUUUGAUUUCACAGCGCUUGGAGGUCUACUAUAUAACAUAUAAGUAUAUACCGCCCUCUAGCAUCACAGUGAUGAAAUGCAACUGAUUUCCUGCUGAAUGGAGAUGAGCUUUGUCUUGAGUGCUUCUAUACGGUACAUCUAAAAAUGGGAGUCUGGGUGUUCGUCUGUAAUAUAACUAAAUGAUCUAUAUUUAAUACAUCCAGGCAUUAUGGAUCUGCACUAUGGAAUAUAGCCCAGUAGUUUUCAAAGGUGAUUCUACACCGAUUUAUAGUUGUUACAGAAAUAUUAACCAUAAGUUAUUUCUCCUUUGUUUCAUUCGAUCCUGAUAGAAUUGAAUCCUUUAUUGGUCACGUUUUAAUUCAAACCAGUGAUUUAAUCUUAAUUUCCUCAAAACGCCUGUGCCAUUUUCACACAAAUCUUUCUAGAAUGUUAGAAACACAAAAUUGAACGUUUCUUUUUGAUAAUUCAUAGUUAUUGUUGCAUGAUGAAACCUGAUGUAAAUCAAUGUCAAGCAGACUAGACAAGAUAUGCAACAUCAAUUAUUUUGAUUUCGGGAAUUUUUUUUUUGCUUUUUGUUCCUGAUAACGGAAUUAUGUUUAUCACACUUAUGUGAUUUAUUGAUUAAAAAACUGGGAUGUCACCGUUUUGCUUCUAUCAAAUAAUUCAGGCUGAUAGUGAAAAGAAUAAAC